UCCAAGCCCUGAGCCCGCGCUCCCCGAGGUCCUGGCCGGGUAGCUCAGUCCCUAGAGCGACCUUCCAGGGGUCGCCCUCCCUGGGGAGCCGCCCUGCUCCGCCCUCCUCGCCGCCCACCCCUCAGCCUUUCCCUCACCUGUCAAAGGACGGGAGAGCUCCCUCCCUUCCCGGCCCAAGUCACCCACUAAUGCCCAGAGAUUUUAAACGCACACUUCCACAGCUCUCUGCCAAAGCCCGGGUGUGUUACAGGACUGCCGACGCGACGGAGAAUCCGCGCCCCGCACACUGGCCCGCCUCAGACUCUCUCGGCUCGCAGUCCCCUCCGCCGUCACAGCAGAACUCGACGCCCGCGCUCGCUUUCAAACCGACCCAACAUGGCGCCGGCUUGAGGUGCGCGUGCGCGGCGCUCAGCGCGAGGGCCCAGAGCCGAGGGUGCUGGGGUGGAACCAGAGGCGACCCGGCGAGGACUUGGGGCCUGGUCCCUGCUAGGAGGUGCAGUUUCUGCGGCGGCGUCUUUCAGGGUUGGGAGGGAAUGCUUCUGGGCUGUGUCCCACGCCCUCCCGAGCCCAUCACCGCUGUUCUCGGCCACUCGGCUCAGCGGACUGGCUCAUCUUUCUUUGGCCGCCCCGGGGCCGUGGGAGGGGGGUACCCAGAAGAGAAGGAGACUUAGUUAGCGGCCCUGGCAGCUGCAGUUCCGGUCGCUGCGAGCCAGCCUCACAGCCCCAGUCCUUUCAGAAGUUCUCAGCCUCCUUGCUCUCAGAGCAUCCCCGCCCGAGAGGAGACAACAUUUCAGCCUGAGGGCGGCUCCCCUACAGCUUCCUUCUUCCUCAGCCCCUUCCCUUUCCCCUUCCCACUGGGGAGCCUUGGCCCUCCAAGGCUUUCGUCCAGCCAGCUCCUCAAAUACAAAAGCAGGUGCAGGAUUGGAGAAGGAAAUUCCUCCAGGGUCAGGAAGAAUGACAGUGCCCUAACACGGAUUGAGGGUCCCAGUUAGGCAGCCCAGAGAAAGGGCGAUUAUAGGAACAGGAGUAAAGAUCCCUUAACCACACAUGUGAACCUAUCUACAAAGGCUAGGGCGGGAUAUGAGGUGCAAAGAAUCCGGUUUCAACCUAGGGGACUGUCAAAAAAAACCAAAGAUACCAUCUCAAUAGUGGUUUAUGUUUACUUUCCACUGACCCUAUGGGUGAAGAUAUCCUGGACCGAUGCUCCAUCUGAAUAUGUUCCAGUUCAUCUGAUGUUACAUCACCAGGUUAACACAUAUGGAGAUUUCCACAAGAAUUUAGAGAAGGGUCCCAAUGGUUACUAAAAUUCUGGACUCGAUUUGUUAGGAAAGGUAAAGAAACAAGGACUGUACCAGGAAAGAGGUUAUUCUAAUAUAAAAAAAAAAAAUCAUCCAGCUGUUGUACUUUGCUGGAGAAAUAAACAAGAAAAUUAUGAUCCAACCUAAAGAGUUUUAGAUGACACCUAAGAAAGAAAUGUUCUGAUAAUUAAACUUUAAAGUUUAUUGAAGUGCUUAAGAAAGCAGUUCUUUGAAGAAUUUUUAAUGAUGGUUUUAAAUGUGCCCAUUUUAAGAAAAGAAACUAAGCUUUUGGAUCACCUAUAGCAAGGCCCUUCAUAGUGUUAAGCAUUGAACUCAAUCCUUAUAGAUUGCAUGAGAUAAGUAUUAUUAUUGCCAUUCUAUAAACAUGGGAAUUGUAGUUCAAAGGUUAAGC